ACAUGUAUGAACUUGGAUGGGACAUUGAGGAUUAAGUUAGUCAUCCUUCCCUUGUACAAAUUUCCGACAAUCGACAACAACCAAAUACCUUUAAUAUCCUCGUCAAUAAUAUUUUUAAAAAAAUAUGCUGAAUAA